AUGCAUCCGCCUCUUCGCAGUAGUCCUGGGCGGACUUCAGGUCAUCUGACACUGUCACUUCCGCCUCUUCGCCAGCUUUCCAGUACACCGCCAACCCCAUCAAGCCGAAGACAUGACAACCCACUGGGUGUUCAGUCCAUAUUGAACCCUCAAGCUGAACUGUUCGAACAGCAGCGAAACUUGCGACGCGACGGACUUCAGAUGGAAACCCCGUCUCCUGUGGAUACACAGCACUCACAUAGCCUUCCCCCAAUAAGCCGACCAGCCAGUGUCGAUUCCUCGCAGGGUGACCAAAAGUCUCGACGUCUUUUCCAACCUCCAGAUCGGCCCUCUGCAAGGAACGUACUGACGCCAAAAUCGCCCAGUCUGCACAGACCACAGAGACUCGGUGGUCUCAAUCGUCCCACAGGUACAAUUGACGCUCAUCAAUCACCUUUCCUAACUGCAAGCGUACGUCCCUUCGAAUCAGCAGGAUCUCAACCAGCCCUACCCACUCCUCCUGCCGGCAGCAGAACAGGUUACUUCCCGCCACUGUCUACGACGGCUCCAAUGCCAAACACAUUGCGUAGUGAGGUACGCCGAUCUAGUGCACAGUUCUUGCCGUCUGGUAGUGCGAGUCCGAUGACACAAUACUCUCCCUACAGUCAAUCUGCGUCAAUUGCCUCAGGAUACGAGAGUCACGGCUCACAAGCGCACUUUACCUUCGCUUCACAUGACGCCCGCCACCCUGGUCCACCACUAGAAAUGGAGCGCAAUAUGAUCCCUGUCGCACCAAGCGGUCAAAGUAGCAUACAGAUCAUGACCAUCAAGAGCCAACAAGGACACAAUGUGCAGAUUCCAGUGGACGUUCAAGCUGCCUCAAAAGUUGCCGACGAGAAAAGGAAACGGAACGCAGGUGCCUCUGCUCGAUUCCGUGCUCGCCGCAAGGAGAAGGAGCGCGAGGCUUCCAUGUGUAUAUCAAGACUGGAGCAGCAGGUGCGCGAGGCCAUGGACAGGGCUGAGUUUUACCGCAGCGAAAGGGACUUUUUCAGGUCUAUCGUGUACCGACAAUCAGGCGCCGACCGACACUAUCCGCGACCGCAGUCUCCAAUUGUACGACGUAUAUCGCCCGCGCCAUCACGAGCGCCUUCGAUGCACGAUGGCGCAUCUGAUGGGUCGUACGGAGACUACGAGGAGGACGGCCGUGAGAUGGAUCGCAACGUACGACGGCGUACUGGUAGCUACCAGCCAAGUCCACUGCCACUCACAGACGCCAAUGUGUCGUCCUUCGCUUCUCACGGAUACACACCGUCACCUGGCCCCUCUUCCCACGGCCACCAAUAUGCCUCUAGUAACCAAGGACAUCUGCCGGGUAUGCAGCAUACACUGGAGCGGCCACUAUGCCGUGAAUCCUUCGCUUAA